ACGCAAACGUACGUAACGUUAACAACAACAAAGGAUGGAGAAUAAAUGAAGUUUCAAACUAGCUUUGUGCCUCACGUCCACUUAUGACCGUAGUGUAUUAUUAUUUUUUACAGUUACAGUUCAGCUGUAGUAUUAGCAACAUGCAGUUAAAACGGGAAUGAACGAUCCAAUCAAAAGCAACAAACCGUGAAGGUAGAAGGUCUGCUUGCCACAUAUUACAAUGAUACGCAUAGCAGCACUGAAUGCUGCUUCAGCAGCUGCAGAUGAGUCUCAAGACCCUUUGAGAAGUAACAAGAGUCGGACAAAAGAGGCUCAGGAAGCCGAGGCAUUUGCUUUAUAUCACAAAGCUUUAGAUCUGCAAAAACAUGACAAGUUUGAGGAGUCUGCCAAGGCCUAUCAUGAGCUUCUCAAAACUCCACUGCUCAAAGAGGCCAUGCCCUCAGAUGAUCAGAAAGUGGGUCUCAAGCAUCCCGGACUGAUGUUGAAAUAUUCUACUUUUAAAAACUUGGCUACUAUGUCUGCAUUGCGGGACGACCUGGAGACCGCUAUGGAGUUUUAUUUGGAGGCAGUUAUUUUGGAUUCCACUGAUGUGAACAUGUGGUACAAAAUUGGUCAGGUGGCUGUGCGACUGGUGCGCGUUCCACUUGCACGACAUGCCUUUGAGGAGGGAUUGCACUGUAACCCAGACCACUGGCCCUGCCUGGACAACCUCAUAACUAUUCUCUACACACUCAGUGACUACACCUGCUGUUUGUACUUCAUCGCCAAAGCCCUAGAGAGGGAUCAUUGCUACACUAAAGGCCUGGUGUUGAAGGAGAAAAUCUUUGAGGAACAGCCCUGUCUGAAGAGGGACACGAUGCAGAUGUUCAUGAAAUGUGAUAUAUCUAUUCACUAUGUGGAAGUGGAGAUGGAGGAAUGCAAAUCCAUUGUGGAGGAGGCAGUGGAGCUACGGAAGCGCAGACGGGCUCUCUCUCACUGUGAACCAAAACCUGACCUUGUCCUGAUUCAGCCCAUCCGCUGCCUCUCAUGGCAGCAUGUGGGUGAAAGCCUUCUUGCGAUGUACAGACAUCAGACCACAUGUGAGCCACCACGCCCGAGUCUUGGUCGGAAAAUUGAAUUGUCAGAAUACCGUGACCCAAACUUCCUCCAGAACCUCCCCCAACCCAGCAGCCCAGUCAGUAUGGCCCAGACCACCGUGCUGAGCAGCAGCCCCAGCUCAUCCCUGCCGCCAAUACCCCUCCCUGAGCCGGCAGUGCUGCCCAUACCCAGCACUCAACCUCAAAUUACCCCCGCCCAGACCACCGUGGAGGUCACCACUUCUGCUCCCCCUGUCGUGACAACGAUGGACGUUUCACUGACGGAUAAAGUGAAGAAACCUCCGAAAAGGAAACGCGUGGUAGUGGAAGAUAGUGGGGAGACCGCCAAGCGACGCUCGGCACGUGUUCGAAACACAAAAUGCAAGAAGGAGGAGAAGAUUGAUUUUCAGGAACUGCUUUUUAAAUACCUUCCUUCCAGGUUAAAGAAGUUUGAUCCGGAUAACGAUGAUGGGAGUCUGAGUAAUCUUGAGACGCAGUGUGACGGGAAGGAGGACAUGCAGCCUCUACACGGGAGUGUACCUGCUGAAUCGGCCGAAUACAUGGAAGCUGAACAACAGGAUGUCCACAACUUCCUGCUCAAUAACAUGACCAAUGGUGGUAUUCUGGACGUGAUGAUGCGCUACCUGAAAGCAGUGGGUCAGAAGUUCACGGUGGAGUGGCCUCGAGGGCUGACUGCUGUGGUACUGGAGGUCCAUCAGACCUGGAGGAAGCACAGCAGCGGCCUUCCUAACCCUCUGCUUCGGGACUGCAGCAACCAACACAUCCGGGACAUGUUGGCGAUGAGCUUAGCGUGUAUGGAGUUGCAGUUGGAGCAAUGGUUACACAACAAAGGGAAGACUGUGUCUCCAAGAAGAAGCAGCGUUGGUCCCGGCAGUGAUGCAGCUGACUCAGAAUUCCCUGGGCAGCACUUCCAGAGUGAUUUGUUUCUUCUGGCUUUGGGUUCAUCCCAAAGAGACCUGUUCGAGGAUGACUGGCUGGAUGUCAUGGUGCGUGUCUACUGGCUCAAGGCACGAUACUUGGCCCUGCAGGGAGACAUGGAGUUGGCCCUGGAGAGCUAUGAUUUCUGUGUAGGUCUGUUGCAGAGCAAACCAAAGACCCCCGAAGGGAAACAUUACACCAUCAGCCUGCCUAACCUACGUGUAGAUGCAGCGAUCUCUGUGGAGGAGAUUGACAAGAGGCUGAAGUCUCUGGAGCGUUGUCAGUCUUUGGAGGAGAUCCAGCGUCUCUUUGAGGCUGCAGAUUUUGAUUCUGUUGUGCGCCUGCUGCAGCCCACUCUUAAUUAUGGCAGCAGGAGUAAACCUCUGGAGUUCGUGAGCUCGGCACCAGAGCGGCCUGCUCAGCUGAUGCUCCUGCAGAACUCGCUGUUGAAGCUGCAGGACUACCAGCAGUGUUUGGAGUACAGCGAGCUGGCUCUGAAUGAAGCUCUGCAGCAGCUCAACUCUGCGCCUAACAACUCUUCCCCUAGCAAGGAGGAGUGGGUCAGUACUAUUGGAAAGUUGCUGGAUGGCACUGAAGUCUGCUUCGUCAAAGACUCAGAGAUCCUAAGCCGUGUCCCCCACUUCUCUAGUAUGGCUCGACUGGCAAACAAUCUAAUUCAGCUGAUUGAUCUAAGCAUGAACAUGUCCGACGACCCCAAGGAGCCUUAUUUCUUCUCGGUUCUGCCUUGGAUUAUCCUGUAUCGCAUUAUAAAACAUGAGGAGGCUGCUUUUAACUGCAUGCUUCGACAGCAUAUGUCUGUAGGGAAUGAUGCAGAUGAGUCAGGCACUCCCAUGCUGCCCUCCUCCCUGAUGCUUCUCAACACAGCCCAUGAGUAUCUCGGCCGUCGCUCCUUGUGCUGCAACUCAGACGGCGCACUCCUCAAGUUCUAUGUUCAAGUUUUGAAAAAAGAGGUCGCAGCGUCUUCCAGCAACGACUCUCAUCCCUACAAAGAAGAGCUGGAGAUGGCCCUGGAGCAGUGCCUCUUCUGCCUGUAUGCCUACCCCAGUAAGAAGAGCAAGGCCCGCUACCUUGAGGACCAUUCAUCUCCACAGGUUGAGCUGCUGUGGUGUGAUGCCCUCUUCAUGUUCCAGUAUUUCAAACCAAAGUCACUGCCUGAGUUUGACAGCUAUAAGACGAGCACAGUGUCUGCGGAAUUGGCCAAUCUGCUGAGGAGGUUUGCUGGCAUCGCCCCCACAAGUGACACCCCCGUCCUCACCAUGGAUGAAGUGGCAGCCUACAUUGAGGGCAUGGCAGAAAAGGCCCCAUGUCUUCCUGAGGGUAGUGCUCCUGCACCUCCAAUCAUUGAUGAGAUCUACUACCUGCUGGCUGAUUACCAUUUCAAGAACAAGGAGCAGUCCAAAGCCAUCAAGUUCUAUAUGCAUGACAUAUGCGUGUGUCCCAACAGGUUUGACUCCUGGGCUGGGAUGGCUUUAGCGAGGGCCAGCCGUAUUCAGGAAAAGCUGAACUCCAAUGAGCUGAAAAGUGACGUUCCUAUAUGGAAACACUCCCAGGCCGUGCUUAACUGCUUUAAGAGGGCCCUGGAAAUAGACAGCUCCAACUUGUCUCUGUGGAUCGAGUACGGCACCAUUUCAUACGCGCUGCAUACAUUUGCAUCGCGGCAGCUCAAGCAGUGGCGCAUCGAGCUCCCCCCAGAGGUUGUUGAACAGAUGGAAGAAAGGAGAGACUCCAUGUUGGCGACAGCGUUCCAGUGUUUCCAAGGUGCUUCCCGUUGUGAGGGUGACAGUGAUGAAGAAGAGUGGCUCAUUCACUACAUGCUCGGGAAGAUCGCAGAGAAACGCAAACAGUCUCCAGUGGAAUAUCUGCAGCUUUACAAAAAGGCAGCACACUAUCUGCAUGAAGAAGCUGCCAGGUACCCCCGGAAAAUUCAUUACCAUAAUCCUCCUGACCUGGCCAUGGAGGCCCUGGAGUUGCAUUUCCGUCUCAGUGCCACCACCCUUAAACUGUUAGGGGAUGUGCCUGAUCUGGACCACGAGCUCUUGUUCAAUUUGCUGGUUGAGGCUGCUACCGGGCCAUUUGCCAGGGGGGAAGAGAAGAGUAUGCCAAGCAUGCCUAGGUCCCUUGAAAAGGAGAAACCCCCCUCCAUGACGGAUGAAGACUUUAACUGUUCGUCAGUUUGCAUAGGGAACGUCCUCAGCUCCUCCCACCCAUCAGCUGCCACCCCAGGUCUGACAUCCCCUCCUUACGUGGCCACGCCGUUUGACCAUGAUUACGCCAAACGCAAAACACUCCGGCGUCAGCAGUGGCAGCAGCAGCGGCAUGAGGAGCAGCAGGCCGAUGUUUUGGAUGGAAAUACUGAGAAAUUCCGAACACUUGCACGCCACUCGAAGGUAUUUGUGUCUGAAUCAGGUUCUACGUUUUCAAGGGGAGCGGGAUCACAUCUGUAUUCAGUUGCCAAGAAAGCCUCACCAGAGUUUGACCAUGAUUACUGCCUGCCCAGGUCUCCAAUGUGGCUGGCUUCACUGAAUGAGCGCAGUCAGGACAGUGAGGUGGUGAUGCUCUCUGACUCCAACUCCACGCAGGAUGCCUUCACAGAUCCCACCAGCUCACAAGACAGCAACCACAAACCUGCGUCUGGAAAAGCCAGUUCGUCGUCAUCCGAAAGUACAACCCCUGUGAAGGACGGACAGUUUGCAUCUGAGGACACAGUGUCACAUGGGGAACACUCUGGCGUCCAGACGGAAGAAAAGGUUAUCCAGGAAGUAGUAGAAGCUGUGGUGGUGACCCUCCCUGAGGCUUCAGCCCCCAAGGUCUCUGCGGACCCUUGUCCUCAUCCUCUGCCUGUCCCAGUCACCCCUCCAAAGCCGGCCCAAACUCAACAGGCUGCUCCUCAAACACCUGCCAGCGAUGGAAAGAGGAAGCCAGAGCCCCCCCCUGAGGUGAUCGAGGUGCCCAAGGCCCUGCCCGCAGAGCGUGGCGACCAGAGACGAAUGCUGGUGGAAAUGUGCGUCCGUGCUCUCUUCCUCUGCCUCGGCCGCUUCCCUCAGCACUACAAGAGUCUCUACCGCCUGGCGUUCUUCUACCACAACAGCAAGACCCAUCAGAACCUACAGUGGGCCCGAGAUGUGUUGCUAGGAAGCAGUGUCCCAUGGCAACAGCUGAAGCACAUGCCAGCACAAGGACUUUUCUGUGAACGAAACAAGACGAACCUGUUUAAUGGCAUCUGGCGUAUUCCAGUAGAUGAGAUUGAUCGUCCCGGAAGUUUUGCAUCUCAUAUGAACCGAUCCAUUGUCCUCUUGCUGAAGGUGCUGUCUCAGCUUAAGGAUCACGAUACUCUGGUGAAAGUCUCUUUCAUGCUGCAGAGAACCCCCGACCAGGGAAAGAAGUAUUUACGGGAUGUUGAUCGCCAGGUUUUGGCCAAGAGAGCAUUUUUCCUAACUGUAAAAGUCCUGGAGGACAAUCUGAACAGUCUCACAGGGGUGUCUGAGCAGCUUCAAAAAGCGCCUGCGCCCUCCAUGGGGGAGAUGACCACAACGGACGCAUCCAACAGGCCCAGUUCAGAUGACGGCAAACAUGCACUGCCUAAGAAGCCAGGGCUCACAGAGGGAGCCUGUGCUGCUGACACGGGGCCCAGGGAAGUCUCCCAGGCACAACUCGCCACAACACCAGCAUCCUUAGGAAGUAAAGUUCAGGACAUCUGCCCUACGAAGGUGGAGACUGCUGGGAGUGAGGGGCACAAAGCAGACGAAUCUAUGGAGCUGGACCCUGCACACUGGAGGAAACCCUCUAUUACCACAGAUUCUCAGGGCAACCAAACGGAGGCCGAGACCUCCGUGAGCGCCGUGGAGCCCCAGCAGAAAGUGACUGACAGCAGCCGGACACCUGAGCUGUCUCUAGAGGAACUUAGUAUCAGUUCCAGGCAGCAGCAGCUCCAAGCUUUAGUACCCAAAGUCACCGUGGCAGCCAGUGGGACGGAUCAGGGGCUACUACGAAGGCCAAACAGGAAAAGGAAGCUUCUUGACGAUGUGGAGUCCGGAAAAACUUUACUGCUUGAUGCCUACAGAGUGUGGCAGCAAGGCCAGAAAGUCAUGACCUACGACCUGGGACGCAUUGAGAAGAUCAUGUCGGAGACUUAUAUGCUCAUAAAACAGGUUGACGAGGAUGUAGCUCUGGACCAAGCUAUGAAGUUCUGCCAGAUACAGUUGGCCACUUCUGCCCAAAGACAGUCUGCAGGCGAUGCCCCGACCACACCCAAGUACACCAAGGAGCACCGAGACCUCUUCUUCCCCGCCUCCCUGCCGACACCCGUCCUGCUCAGCCACACCGCCUGCCACCCUCUGUCCACUCCGGAGGGCCACGCCAAGGUGGUGUACGAGCCCCUGAGCAAGUUAUCCAGACCUCAAGCCUCGGGCUUCCACGAUCAGCCGCAGCACAGGAGAGCAGUUAGCCACCCAGCAGCCAUGGCCUUCCUCCCACACACAGAGGAGCGGGAGGAGCCCUCGGAGGGACUUUCGUACAGACAGCAAGAGUCGCACCUUUGUCAGCAGAUGAAACUCGCCACAGUAUCCCAUGGGCAGGAGUCGGCAGCGGGCUGGUUCCAGGAGGAAACGGCCACAUGUAGCACCACACAACCCUGCCCAGACCAGCAGCAGUAUGCCGGCGAUGACCUAUCCAAACUUUCAGACCCUAGCCGAAUCCGCUCCCGUGUCCCAACCAACAUGCCAAAGCUUUUCAUCCCCGCCACAGUCGCCAAGUUCCCACCAGAAAUCACAGUAACGCCUCCGACACCCACACUGCUCACCCCCAAAGGCAGCAUCUCAGAGGAAACCAAACAAAGACUUAAGAACGUCAUCCUGUCAUCUCAGUCUGCAGCCACAGUGAAGAAGGACACCCUGAGCCAGCCGGCCCUGGAGGUGCAGGAGACGUCCAGCCAGGAGUCGUCUCUGGAGAGCGAGUCGGACGAGGAAGACGAUUACAUGGACAUCUGAGCCUCCGAAGGCCUUGUGUGCAACGCUGAAACUGAACCAGGCCUUGUUGUUGCAAACAUGCCGUCACUCUGCCAAACCCUGUGCCCCCUGUCUUAAAACGAGAAGGGUCCACGUCACUGCAGCUGUCUUUGUUGAUGCUAUUGCUUCCUCACGUGCGUUACAAAAAAAAGCACUAAAACUGAAAAAAAAUGCAGUAUUGUCAUCGCCUGUCACGUCAUAUGCAGCUCUGUCGUGGUGUCAACGACAGCCGAGAGGAUGCUUUAGUCUCACCGCAUGUCUGUAAUGUGCCAUUUAUGCAUAUCGAGCUCUCCUGCAGCCCACCGUACACUGGACCUGGCAACAAAGACUUGCAGCCUUUAAAGCCGACCGGUCUCGUGUUCAUGCAGCUUUCUUUUCUUCAUGUUGGGUGCUAAAUGUAUCUCCAGGCAGCAGCUAAAUCCUCGUCUGAGAACCUGCCAAUCUGAGCCGGACUGACGCUCUGCAGUACCUGCUGUCCACCGCUUCGAUCACUUACUUUGGCACGAGCGUUUCCUCUUUAAGACGCAUCAUCGCGUUGGUACAUAAUAUAUUUCAAAGAACACAUGAGGUGAAACGAGGACAAUCGAGGGCCACACGGCCUCACAACCUGUAGCAGAUUGGAAAUGUUUACACUUAACUUUUGGGAUGUUUUUCAGUUUGCACUUAACGAUGUGCUAUUUUGUUUUUGUAUUCUUGUAAUAUUUUUGUCCUAAUAUAUAUAUAUAUUUUCUUUUGUGUGCAUUUGUAGCUAAGAGGAACAGUUCUUACAGGAAGACGUCCUGUCACCAGCACCGAUCUGAAUGAUGGUUAUUAUGUACAUAUCACAAUCCAAAUAUCUUUUCCAAUGUGUUUGGCUUUAAUGAGUUGAGUAUUGAGACGGAGAAGAGUGUGUGAGAAUGUAAACAUUAAAGGCUCAUUUCAAGUGUACUCAGCUCAGGAAGCGGCGCCGCUCCUUCCUGAUCUCAGUGGAGUUGUAAUGCGUCGCGAGGAAGACUUCCUGAAUCAGAUGCCUUUCCAUUCAAACCAUUUUGGUAAAUUUGUCACAAUUCUAGCUUAACUCAGAGGAAGACGACAGAAUGUUUUUUACAGAUUGUUUUCUAUGAAAUGGAAAGAUGUUUACUGAUUAUGUUUCUUGAGAGUUGUCUAAAAAAAUAAUUUUUAAAAAGGACACAAGUGAAUUAUUGUAAACGAUCACCCGUGAUAAAAAGCAAAAGAUUUGUAUUGUAUUUCAUUGUUUUUCUUUCUUGGUGUAAGAUAGUUUUCUAUUGUUCUGAUGGGAAUGUACCACGGCUGGAGAGGCUGAGCGGGUUGAAGGCUUCAGCUCGAGGGGAACUGUUCUGUGUCUGGACUGAAUGCAUUAUAGAUGUCAAACCAAAAAUAUAUUUGAGAAACACA